AUGCGCUUCCCACGAGAUGGGACUUGCCCAUUUUGCGCUUUCGCUGAUGAGGGCGAGGAGGAGAAGGAGUUCGAGAAACAGGUCGAGAAGAACAAGGCGAAGGCGAAGAAGCGCGCGGCCAAGAAGGAGAAAGCCGCAGCUGCUGCUCCCGUGAAACGUUCGACCCGCACUACACGACAGAAGACGACCACACCCGUUGACGACGAGAUGGACGAGGGCGUGUAG